AACCCAAGUGGCUUACGUACUGUACAGUCAGAUAUAUUGAUGUUUCGAGUUGAUAUGUACAUUAUACUUAGCCACAGUCCCCGCCCGAAAUCCUGGCUGAGUCGAAGAAUCAUGAUCUCAAGAGUAAAGUGACUAGUGAUCCUUACCGCUCUCUUUCUUGAAGUUUAUUUAUUUUUCCUUUUCUCUCUUUCCAUUUCUCCAUUGACCCAAUUUGGAUUCCGGGUUCGGGUUCACCGAUCGGUACUGAUCAGCGGGCACGUACUACUACUACUACUGCGAACAAUACAUAGCAUUCCUAUUAACCUCGUAAAAGGCAUUCCCAGUCCGAGAACGGCAUUGGGUUGGAACAGCACAAAGUGGAUCGGUGUGUGCAUCUGAAGGAGUCAGCAGUAAGUACAGGACGCCAAUGCAACAGGUGGUGUCCUGACGGUCGGGAGAGGUAGAGUUACACCGCGUCUUUCCCUAUAGCAUGGCCUAUUCUUCACUUUCCACGCAAAGGUCUUUAUCGACAUUCCCGUUUCUCACACCAGAGGAAUUCGAAUGCGCCUGUCGCGCGUUCUUGAAUCGCAUUCACGUGUUGGGCAACCGGGACAGGAUGGGAUGGUUAUCGACCCGACUUGUACAACAGGCAACUGGGCCGAUUCUGAAGAUAUCUCAGAACAUUCGCAGUAACAGUGCCCGUCACUACAACAAUAUCUUGUCUAGGUCUGUAGUAGAGAUUGAAGAACCGCAAGUGGAAGUUUGCGAAGAUGAUCCUGAGGCCCUCAUUCGCCCAUCCGACUUCAGCAACUGUUUACAAGUAGAACAUGACAUUAUUCUCUCCUCCACAUACCAGGUUCCUGUCUUGUACUUCACAUUACGGCGAGACGGCCAUCCCGGACCGUUGGGGUUAGACGAAGUCUACCAAUAUCUGGUACCGGACCAGUACAAAAGGGAACUCCAACAUGUUGGUGUCAUGGGUGGUAUUAGUUUCGGAUACCAUCCACAAUCCGGAACUCCGACGUUCUUUGUUCACCCAUGCAAUACUGCAGACGCUAUGAUGCAAAUCGCAGGCAAGCAGCGGCUUACUCCUGAGGCGUAUUUCAUUAUAUGGCUCGGGAUGGUAGGUAAUCACGUCGGUCUCCAUCUGCCCCAUGAACUCUUUGCAACAGAGGGCGCAUGCAAAGUCUCCAGGGUUUAGGUUAUUAGUCCCAGAGUAGGCGCAACCUGACGAGGGUUCUCUGUUCCUCCCCCCUUCUUCCCCGACCAUAAUCUAGUCGAGAAAGAUCGGCCUAAUCUUCGUCUGAUGAGUCUUCCAUUGGCACGUCACUUUCCUCCUCCAUUGGCGCUUCUUCUUCAUCGCUUUCCUCCUCACGA